CACGCUAACCCCGCCCCUCUGCAGAGAGAGAACGGGAGCCCCAUUCAAACAAACCAAACUCCGCGACAGUCUCUGGAGAAAGAGAAAAAGAAGAAGAAGAAGAAGAAGAAGAAGAACCCACCGACACGCGCUUGACCCGAGGAAUCGGACCACCGGGACCCGUCAGACAGACAGACAGACAGAAGACAGGCAGACAGACAGGCACGCAGACAGGCUAGCAGGAGGCUAACAGCGAACAGGAACCGACAUGGCGAGCGCCUCGUACCACAUCUCCAACCUGCUGGAGAAGAUGACCUCCAGCGACAAGGACUUCAGGUUUAUGGCCACUAACGACCUGAUGACGGAGCUGCAAAAAGAUUCAAUCAAACUGGAUGACGACAGCGAGAGGAAGGUGGUGAGGAUGAUUCUCAAACUGUUGGAAGACAAGAAUGGAGAAGUUCAGAAUCUGGCUGUCAAAUGCUUGGGGCCCCUGGUCAGUAAAGUGAAGGAGUACCAGGUGGAGACGAUCGUGGACACUUUGUGCACCAACAUGCUGUCGGACAAAGAGCAGCUCCGAGACAUCUCCUCCAUCGGACUGAAGACCGUGAUCGGAGAGUUACCGCCCGCCUCCAGUGGCUCGGCUCUCGCCGCCAGUGUUUGUAAGAAGAUAACGGGUCGUCUGACGAGCGCCAUCGCCAAGCAGGAAGACGUGUCCGUCCAGCUGGAGGCGCUCGACAUCAUGGCGGACAUGCUCUGCAGACAGGGAGGUCUGCUGGUGAAUUUCCACCCCUCCAUCCUCAGCUGUCUGCUCCCACAGCUCACCUCCCCCAGACUGGCCGUCAGAAAGAGGACCAUCAUGGCUCUGGGACACCUGGUUAUGUCCUGUGGGAAUCUGGUCUUCAUCGAUCUCAUCGAGCACCUUCUGGCGGAGCUCGGGAGGAACGACAACAUGUCGACGACCAGAACGUACAUCCAGUGCACGGCCGCCAUCAGCAGACAGGCCGGACACCGGAUCGGGGAGUAUCUGGAGAAGAUCAUUCCUCUGGUAGUGAAGUUUUGCAACGUUGACGAUGAUGAGCUCAGAGAGUACUGCAUCCAGGCCUUUGAGUCCUUUGUUAGGAGGUGUCCUAAAGAAGUUUAUCCCCACGUUCCCACGGUCAUCUCGAUCUGCCUGCGCUACCUGACCUACGACCCCAACUACAACUUUGACGAUGAAGACGAGGACGACAACGCCAUGGACGCUGAGCAGAACGAUGAAGACUACCAAGGCAGCGAUGACGAGUACAGCGAUGACGACGACAUGAGCUGGAAGGUUCGACGGGCGGCCGCCAAGUGUUUGGACGCCGUUGUUUCAACUCGUCACGAGAUGCUGCCGGAGUUUUAUCGCUCCGUGUCUCCUGCACUCGUCUGUCGCUUCAAGGAGAGGGAGGAGAACGUGAAGGCGGAUGUUUUCCAUGCCUACCUGUCGCUGCUUAAACAGACCAGGCCGGCUCAGAGCUGGUUGGCCGAUCCGGACGCCAUGGAGCAGGGAGACACGCCGUUAACGAUGCUGCAGAGCCAGGUCCCCAUGAUCGUGAAAGCUCUUCACAAGCAGCUGAAGGAGAAAAGUGUCAAAACCCGUCAGUGUUGUUUUAACAUGUUGACUGAACUGGUGAACGUCCUCCCGGGAGCCCUGACUGCCCACAUCCCAGUACUAAUACCAGGUAUCAUCUUCUCUCUGAACGAUAAGUCGAGCAGCUCCAACCUAAAGAUCGACGCCUUGUCCUGCCUCCACGUCAUCAUGGUCACGCACCCCGCCCACGCCUUCCACGCCCACGUCCCCUCCCUGGUCCCGCCCGUGGUGGCGUGCGUGGGAGACCCCUUUUACAAGAUCACCUCCGAGGCUCUGCUCGUCACCCAGCAGCUCGUCAAGGUGAUCCGACCUCUGGACAGCCAACCGGAGGCCGCCGACAGCUUCGACCCCUCCCCUUACAUCAACGACCUGUUCACCUGCACGAUCAAACGCCUGAAAGCCGCCGACAUCGACCAGGAAGUGAAAGAACGAGCCAUCUCCUGCAUGGGGCAGAUCAUCUGUAACCUCGGUGAUCGUCUGCCGGCCGAACUUCCCGGAACGCUGUUGAUCUUCUUGGAGCGCCUCAAGAACGAGAUCACCCGACUGACGACGGUGAAAGCUCUGACGCUGAUCGCCGGCUCGCCGCUGAAGAUCGACCUGAGGCCGGUUCUCCCCGACGCCGUUCCCAUCCUCGCCUCCUUCCUCCGCAAGAACCAGAGAGCCCUGAAGCUCUGCACGCUGGCCGCCCUGGACAUCCUUCUCAGAAACUACAGCUCGGCGGUGACCCCCGUCAUGGUGGACGCCGUUCUGGCCGAGCUGCCGCCGCUCAUCUCGGAGAGCGACAUGCACGUGUCUCAGAUGGCGCUGAGCUUCCUGUCCACGCUGGCGGUGACUCACCCGUCCUCGCUGGGCCAGCUGAGCGGAGGCAACAUCCUCCAGCAGCUCAUCGCGCUGGUUCGAUCCCCGCUGCUGCAGGGCGGAGCGCUCGCCGCCAUGCUCGACUUCUACCAGGCUCUUGUGGCCACAGAGACGUCCGGUCUGGGCUACAUGGACCUGCUGAGGAUGCUGACCGGGCCGGUUUACUCCCAGAGUGCCGCUCUUCCCCACAAACAGGCCUACUGCUCCAUCGCCAAGUGUGUGGCGGCUCUGACCAGAGCCUGCCCCGACGAGGGGCCCGCGGUGGUCGGGCAGUUCAUCCAGGACGUGAAGAACAGCCGCUCCACAGACUCCAUCCGACUGCUCGCUCUGCUCUCAUUGGGCGAGGUGGGACACCAUGUGGACCUGAGCAGCCAACCGGAGCUCAAGACGGUCAUCCUGGACGCCUUCUCGUCCUCCAGUGAAGAGGUGAAGUCGGCGGCCUCCUACGCGUUGGGCAGCAUCGCGGUGGGGAACCUUCCAGAGUAUCUGCCCUUUGUCCUGCAGGAGAUCUCCUCCUCUAAGAGACAGUACCUGCUGCUGCACUCGCUCAAAGAGAUCAUCAGUUCGGCAUCGGUCUCCGGUCUGAAGCCGUAUGUGGAGUCGGUUUGGACUCUGCUGCUCAAACACUGCGAGUGUCAGGAGGAAGGAACCAGGAACGUGGUGGCCGAGUGUCUCGGCAAACUGACGCUGAUCGACCCCGAAACCCUGCUGCCCCGCCUCAAAGGGUACCUGCUGUCAGGUUCGUCGUACGCCAGGAGCUCCGUGGUAACGGCGGUGAAGUUCACCAUCUCUGAUCAACCACAGCCCAUCGACCCGCUGCUGAAGAACUGCAUAGGUGACUUCCUGAAGACGCUGGAGGACCCGGACCUGAACGUGCGCCGCGUUGCCUUGGUAACGUUCAACUCCGCCGCCCACAACAAGCCCAGUCUGAUCCGAGAGCUGCUGGACUCGGUUCUACCGCAACUGUACAACGAGACCAAAGUCCGGAAGGAGCUGAUCCGAGAGGUGGAGAUGGGUCCCUUCAAGCACACGGUGGAUGACGGUCUGGACUUGAGGAAGGCUGCGUUCGAGUGCAUGUACACUCUGCUGGACAGCUGCCUGGACCGGCUGGACAUCUUCGUCUUCCUGAACCACGUAGAGGACGGACUGAAGGACCACUACGACAUCAAGAUGCUGACGUUCCUGAUGUUGGCCAGACUGUCGUCUCUGUGUCCCAGUGCUGUCCUCCAGAGACUGGACAGACUGGUGGAGCCGCUGAGAGCCACCUGCACCACCAAGGUGAAGGCCAACUCCGUGAAGCAGGAGUUCGAGAAGCAGGACGAGCUGAAGCGGUCGGCGAUGCGCGCCGUCGUGGCGCUGCUGACGAUCCCCGAGGCCGAGAAGUCGCCGCUGAUGUCGGAGUUCCAGUCGCAGAUCUCGUCCAAUCAGGAGCUGGCGGCCAUCUUUGACUCCAUCCAGAGGGACUCCAGCUCCGCCAACAUGGAGUCCAUGGACACCAGCUAAGAGAGAGACGGACAAACACAUUGCCCAUGAUGCAACACAGCACCAACCUCCCCCAAAAAACCCAAACUCCCAACCCCCCCCCCUCUGCUGCUGGAGCGCUAACCCUGCAGCAUGUUUCCAUGACAACAGGACACACACACACCACACACACACGCACACACACAUGUAGUGACACACCCUCUCCUAGCGAUCGAUCGUUCCAUGAUGCAUUGCACUGAAAUCAGCUGUUGGAGAAAGAAAGUACGAAACUCACACGGACAAAAUCAGAGAACAAAAACAACAACAAACAACAAAAUCCAGAAAAAUAAGUUCCAUAUGGGGCUUGGAAGCUCCUCCCACUUCCUGUUUGUUUUUACUCGUGAGGCCGUCUGAUUGGCAGAUCUCCGUAUUCAUCAUCAUUGUUCUUUUUUUUCUUCUUUUUCUUAUUCCAGAAAGUUCCACGAGUACUGUUCUGUGACCUGAUUGGCCGCUGCUGAGUGACUGACAGUUGGCGUGUUAUCAAAACUGACCAAUGGGAAAUCGGCCUUUUAUUGCCUGAGGCUGUGGUGACCAAUGGGAGAAAGGCUCGCUCUGUUUAGUUUUUUUGCGAGAUGUAGGCAACCAAUAGGAUGCUUAAGAUGGGUAGGGGGGGGGAAUGAGAUGAAGGGGGGUGGGGUUUUACCAUUUGUGGACCAAUCAGCUUUCUUUGUGUCCCCUGAUUCAAUAGCCCCGCCCUCGCUCCCGUCACUCCCCUGAAGGGAAGAGGGGAGAAAUUAUUGGACCAGGUCCAACCGGGUCGGACCUAACCAGAUCAGACCGGAUCAAUGGUGUGUGUGUGUGUGUGCGCGUGUGUGCGUGUGUGCGUGUGUGUGUGUGUGUGUGUGUGUAACACAAAAGUAUACUGUACACUGUACUCUGAUCACUCUGUUCAGUCCGGUCCCUGCGGUCCUAGUCUGGUUUUGAUCCGGUGAAACCGGGUCCAGUCUGGUGUGAUCCGGUCCGGUUCUUUCGGGACGAUCCACUGUUGUUUAUCGCCCAAAAAAAAUUAAAAAAAAGGUCCAUUUCUGCCUGCCUUCAUAUUC